UUGUCAAGAGAGAAAAAUCGGACGCAUUUUCACACGCGUCCUCGCGGGCACGAACGAUAUAUAUAUUAUAUAUAUAAACUGGUGGACGACGACACUUCAGUCGUAGAGACCGCCAGAAAAGCUUACAAAAUAUCUUCUUGCCGCCGCUCAACGUUAUAAUAUUAUAAUAAUAUCAUUAUUAGGCUCAUUGGGUUUUCGUUUCCAUUUCGACGACGAUGACGAAUAAUAAUAUGAACUGCCCGCGGAGCCGACCAGAAAUAUUUUCAUUGCUGGCAGUGACGACGAUCGCCGCCGUGCUCGUCCAUCAGCCCGCGAAAGUCUACUGUGCCGACGGUACAAUUUAUCCUUCGCAACAGCAGCAACAGCAAACGAUGAUGUUCACCGCACCAUCGGGCUACUACUUGUCCACGUACGAUAACUUAGACGUGGGCCAUUUACUGCGAAACAAAAAGGUUGUGUCGGGCUUCGUCAAGUGUUUCGUCAACGAGGGACCUUGCACGCCGGACGGCAAACUAGUCAAAGCCUACCUGUUACCUGAGAUAAUACGUACCGUGUGUGGAAAGUGCACGCCAAGGCAAAAGGACAUGUCCCGGGCAGUGCUAAGACACCUUUACACGUACAGGCGAGCGGAUUUCGACAAGAUCAUGCAAAUUUACGACACGGAUAACAAGAAAAAUGAAAUCAUAAAUUUCAUGAACCAAAAAUAGUUCACCUACUUAUAUCAUUCGGUAGCUAUACUCUCGUAAGACAUAACAUUACAUGAUAUAAUAUGUAAUAUAUAUCAUCGCCAUCAUUCAUCACAUCCUUCACGACGACGUCCGCGGCGAGACUAGCUAGCUUCUGAUACUUUUUAAUAUUAUAUAAUAUCUAUCAUUGUUAUCAAUAUAAUAUUAUAGAAUAACGAUUAACGACAGCCGGUUUUAAAUCAACGAAUCGGAAACAUUUGCCUAAACUUCUAAUGCCGUAAUGGUAUUCUUAAGUCCCCCCCCCCCCUCUAAUCAUAGUUACUUAUUCAUACUCCACAUUUUACACAUAUUUAUACUAUAUUCCUACACUACUAUAAUAUUAUACAUAUACCUACCACCUACGACCUACCUAUAAACUUUUAUUGUGAUAUAAAACUAUGAUAUUAAUAUAUACAUAUUAUAAAUAAAUAUAUUUAUUCAAAUAUAAUCGACUGUUUAUGAUAUAACUUUGUGUUGUAGAAUCAAUUUUCUAAUAUUAUUGAACCAUAUAUUAUAUUAUAUAGGUACUUAAAUAAUCAGAUAUCAAUCAUUAGUCUAUAAUUUUAACAACAAAUUUUAAUAAAUAAAAAUAAUAAAAAUAAAAAUAUUUUUAUUUUUACGACGUAAUUUAAUAUAAUUUAAUUUUAAAUAAAAAAUCCUAUUUGAAGUACAUAAAAAAAGUGUGGGUAUAAUUGACAAAUUGUUUUUGAUUAAUUAUCUCUUUAUUAAAAGUUUUUGACCAACUGUCCUAUCCUAGAUCCAUAUCAGAUGAGUGUACCUGUACGAAGAUCUGUUAUAUUUAAAUAUAAAAUUGUUUGAUCAUCGUGAA